AAAAAAAGGAGAAAAUAAUACAGGUGCCAUGGACAAUAUUAAUAUAAAUAAUAAACUUUAACACGUUCCGUGCCAUGUAGGUCGUGUACGCUCCACGCUGAACUUUCCAUUCAAACUACUUCGAAAUUUUCCUUAUUAAAAAUAGCAAAUUUUGAAAAAAGUUUUUGUAAAAUUAUGUAUUGAGAUGUUUUAAAUAUCAUAUAUAGCACAUCUUAAAUUUUACACUUUUUUCUUGAUAAUUAUGAUUUUUGCAGUAUUGUAAAGUAUCAAUCGUGAUAACGUGGAGUAUACGACCUACGCAGCUAGAAAGGAAAGUCAUCAAGGGUUUGAUUUGGUGCCCUUAUGGCUCAGUGGACCUGUUAAACGAAACGCAUUUUUUGAGUUUGCUGCAAAACAAACCGCGACUGCUUAUCAAAAGCAUAGAUCGCUAAGUGGCAUUCAGCAGAAAAUCUUGUAACAGUUGCAAAGCAGCUUCCUUCCGAACGCAGCCAUUAUCUUACACAUAUGCGGACACUCACGCACAUACACAUGCACACACUGAUAUACACGCAUAUCUUUGCUUGCCUCAAGUAUAAGUACAUAGACUCGCUAUAGAUCCGGUCUCGGGGGCUGUAGGAGCUGAAAAUUCUCGGAAACGAAUCUAUAGCUGGAGCCUCGAUCCACGAGACUAUCGAGUAUCAUGGAAGACAGCAGCGGACAAAAUAAAGCGGCCGCAUCUACGACUCCGCGCAGGCAGACAUAGUAGGGAAGUGACUUGUGUGUGCGUGUAAGUACGUGUGGCGAGGAAGACGCUCAGGUGGACUUAUAACUGGCGGAUCUAUAGCGAGAGUCUACUGUAGCAUCAUAAAUCGAUAUCACUACUGCAUAAAGUAUGGAAAUCGUAAUUUUAGCCAAUGUUUAUGACAAGUGAGUGAGCAAUAUGUGGGCAAUAAUUUUUAUUCAUAAGUUGAGAAAAAUAAUAUAAGUUUAUUGCCGAUGAGAUGUUGGGAACUUGCUGUUAUUAUAUUUUGAAAACUGUUGCUGGUAAGAACAUACUGAGAAGAGGAUACACUCUUUUGUUACAUUGCUGAAAACAUAUGAGCAAUAUUUGUAGCAAGUUGCCAACAAUUUGCACUCAGUUGGCUAUCUGGGUAAAUAUAAGAUUCGAUUAUAAUUACUCUGCCUUAGGGUUCCAUAUCUCGAAAUUAUAUAAUAUUGUUCACCGGACUUUGUGCCCACUGACUCUUUUGUUCUACGUGUUGAGAACUAUAAUGUAACAAAGUUUCAGAAAAAUUACCCGAAAGCCGUUUUCCAUAAGAAUCCUGCGGAGUUCUUUCAAUAAAAUGUUCCAGAAAAUAUAAAAGUAUACGUGUGUGUAUCGCCAUCUGGUGCAGUCUUCUUUAAAUUAAAACGGACAUGAGCGGGAGAUCGAAUGUGACUGAUUCGAGAGAUAUUGAUAUUUGUUCGAGCAAAAUGAACAGAAAUAUCAAAAGUUGCUACAUACGCAGCUUAGAGAAACCCUCGUUGAAUAUUUAUUUACCAGACAACGAGCCAAUUUUCGUAGGACGUUCGCUGGAAAUCGACAUCCAAGACACAAAAUGUUCACGACAGCAAGUUCGUUUAUGCGCAAAUUAUGCAAAAGCCAUUGUCACGGUUGACCAAAUAGGCACACAUGCUUCUGGCCUUAAUGGCUUUAAGAUGGAACAAAAUGUAAGAUUUGUGGCUAAACAUACAGAUCAUGUGGAGCUGUUAUACGGAAAAUAUGCUUUUGAGAUUGAAUUCAAUCCGCCUCCGCAAACAGAAGAUUCUGAAAGAAAACCGAGAUUUUACAAACUGGAAGAAAUAGAUGUGGAUGAAGCUAAACCUAACACAAAAAUGUUGGAACUGCAUUACAAUUGCUCAGAUAAAGAACUGGAUAAUAAUAGAAAAGAAAAAGAAUGUUCUUCAAAGGGUGAUGAUUCUACUCAGACAACUACUGCUGUCGACUCUCCUAUUAUAACUGAAUCAAGCGAUAAUGCAGAAUGGGAGAGUAUUGAUGGAGGAAAACUAUUGAUUUACACGCCAUCAUCUGUACAAAAUCAGGGCCUAGUAGCUGCAUAUGCUCUGGAUAAUACUUUAAUAAAAAUCAAGUCUGAUCUUGAAUUUCCGAAGGAUCAUGACGACUGGGAAUUAUUAUAUCCUCAUAUACCUCAUGAAUUAAAACAAAUUUAUGCGUGCGGAUACAAAAUAGUGAUUUUCACAAAUCAUACCACUUUGAGCUCCGACAAAGUUAACAUCAACAAUUUCAAACAAAAAGUCGAGAAUAUCGUAAAGAAAAUUGGCGUUCCUAUCCAAGUUUUUAUUGCUACAGGAUACAGCGUUUAUAGAAAACCCGGAAUCGGUAUGUGGAAAUAUUUGCAAAACAAGAAAAACGGACGUACUCCAAUUGGCAAAACGUGUUCGUGGUACGUCGGUGACGCCGUUGGUCGACAGAAAUGGGAUCAAAACAAGAAGCAAGAAAAUUCGUGCGAGGAUCUAUUAUUUGCACUGAAUGUAGGUCUUAAAAAGAUCAGAACACCAGAAGAACAUUUUUUGGGUUAUAAUAUACCAAUAAAAGUCUACUUACCCAGAUUCAACCCGAAAGAUCUGUUACCAAUCGGCACCUUGAAUGUUACCAAAUUCAUGCUGAAAGAACAAGAAAUAGUGCUCAUGGUUGGCAGUCCAGGCUCUGGAAAGACACACUUUGUAAAAAAUCACUUAAAAAAAUACGGAUACGUAAAUAGAGACACUUUAAGCAGCUGGCAGAAAUGUGUCUCUAUAAUCGAGCAAUAUUUGGAUCAAGGAAAGAGUAUAGUCAUAGAUAACACUAAUCCCGAUCCGACCACAAGGCAGAGGUACAUAGAAAUAGCAAAGAAGCGUAACAUUCCAGUGAGAUGUUUUGUUAUGACGACAAGUAUAGACCACGCGAAACAUAAUAUCAAAUUUCGCUCAUUGACGGAUCCCAGUCACGUUCCAGUCGACGAUAUUAUAAUCAAUUCUUACGCGAACACUUAUGUGCCGCCAACUUUGGAAGAAGGCUUCAAAGAAGUAAUAGAAAUCAAUUUUAUUCCAAAGUUUGAUAACAAAGAGGAUCAAAACCUCUACAAAAUGUACUUGGUCGAAACAGUCGAUUCAACUUGGGUGUCAAAGGUGCUAAAUUAAGAUAUAUACUUUAAAAAUGGACACUCUUAUACAAAGAGCGCAUAUGUCUAUAGUUUAUUGUAUCAUAUUACAUUUUAUUUCACAAGUAAAAUAGAAAAUAGAAAAUAAAAAAUUUA